AUGGUGCUGGGUGAUUUCCUGAAGCGGUGGAUCGCUCCCCUGCAGCAGCAGACCAGGAUGGCUUGCAUGUACACGGGGACAAACAACUGCUGCAGGAUCGCGCGCGGGCCCGGCACCAAUUUUUCCAAGGCAGAGCUGGAGACAGCGAUCCGGGCGAUGACCGGCGAGGCGUUCAGCUUAGAGUCCUUGGUCCUCCCGAGCGGGAUCAAAGCCCUGUGCGAGGACCAGGCGUUGCAGCCCCUUCCUUCGGACGCGUCGAGCACGUCCACCAGAGCCGCUCCAGCUGGGGGGACCGGCCCCCAGCCAGUACCUUCAUCUUCCCCUGCUGGGGAGUCGGCGACAAUUCCAGCAGGGGCUCCGCCCGCGCCAGCACCAGUAACUACCGGACUCAGAGGUCUGGAGCUGGAGGCCGCCACACCUCCAAGGCCCGAAGCCGCCCCCCAUGAGGAGGCCACCGGACCUGCUGCAACGACCGAGGCGCCAGCAGCUGCAGUAGCGCCGGACGCCAUGGCGGAGCCCCCUCCAGCUAAGCUAGCAGGAGAGGAGGCUGCAGCAACAGCAGAGGCGGCAACGCCAGAGGCUGCAGAGGUGCUGGAGGCAGCGACGCCGGAGGUCGCAGAGGUCGCCAGCACCACCUCUCCACCCGCGCAGGAGGAGCCGGAGGUGGUGCUGGGGAGGCGCCUUCUCCCGAGCCCAGCGGAGAUCCCCCUCCCCCGCCUUUUUGCCAAGAGGCAGCAGGUACAGGAGGAGCUGGAGGCAGGCAUCCGCCGGGAGUGGGAGAGGCUGGAGGCGAAGCGCCUCCGGCUCUCCGACUGGGAGCACCGCCUAGGGGACGGCAUCAAGUCCGUCUCCGCCCGCUACGCCGGGGAGCGUGCCAAGCUCGUGCUGGAGCGCGGACUCCUGCAGGAGCAGUUGCAGAAGGCUCUCGACCGAGAGGCGGCAGCUGCCCAAAGGGAGAGAACGGCCGCACGGCGGGAGAAGCAUGCCAUCGAGCGGGAGCACAUGGCGGAGAGGAGGGUGAACGCGGCAGCGGACAGGGAGAAGACCGCCCUGGAACUGGCCAACCAGGCCAAGGUGGUGGUGGAGGUGACCAAGGAGCAGGAAGCUGCCCUUGCGGAAUGGGAGGCAGCCGCGGCGGAGAGAGAAAACAGGCUUGCCGCCCGUGAAGAAGAGGAGGUGACCCGGAUCUAG